AUGCCCCUAUCCAACAUUGCCCGCCUAUUCCGCUCAGCCGCCCAACCCACCACCACGCGUCUAUCGGCCAUGUCGAACGGCGCAGACGCCUCGGCGGCCCCGGGUGCCAUACCCGAGGGAGCCCAGCGAUGCACCGUCGCCGCGGGAUGUUUCUGGGGGACAGACCACCUCUAUCGCAAGAAGUUCACGGGGAAGGGUCUCCUGGAUGCCAAGGUGGGGUACAUAGGUGGUGAUGUCGAGAAUCCCACCUAUCGUCUUGUCUGUGGGGGAAAGUCAGGACACGCAGAAGCUCUCCAGGUCAUAUUCGACCCAAAGGUAGUCACGUACGCCCAGCUCCUCGACUUCUUCUACCGGAGCCACGACCCCACCACCCUCAACGCCCAGGGCCCCGAUACGGGCCCCCAGUACCGUUCCGCCAUCUUCUACCACGACCCCGACCAGGAGAGGACGGCCAGGGAGGUGACCCGGCUCGCCAACGAGAAGUGGUGGGGCGGCCGCAUCGUCACCGACAUCGCCCCCGCCGGUAAGUGGUGGACCGCCGAGGACUAUCACCAGGAGUACCUCCACAAGAAUCCGGCCGGUUACGAGUGUCCGUCGCAUUUCAUCAGGCAAUUCCCCCCGCUCGAUGAGUGA